AUGAAGUCUCUCGCUUUGGCUGCCUCUCUUCUUCCUACUGCCCUUGGGGCUACUAUCUACCUGGCUGGUGAUUCCACCAUGGCCAAGAAUGGUGGUGGUUCGAAUACAGACGGCUGGGGUGAAUACAUCUCCUCCUCCGUCUCUUCCACCGUCUCCAACAAAGCCAUCGGAGGCCGCAGCGCCCGCUCCUACACGCGCGAAGGCCGCUUCGACGCCAUCGCCGACGUCCUGCAAGAAGGCGACUACGUCGUCAUCGAAUUCGGCCACAACGACGGCGGCUCUCUCUCCUCCUCCGACAACGGACGCACCGACUGCCCCGGAACGGGCGACGAGACCUGCACGACAACCUACGACGGCCAAACCGAGACCGUGCUCACCUUCCCCGCGUAUCUGGAGAACGCAUCCAAGGCGUUCGUCGCCAAGGGCGCCAAGGUGCUCAUCUCCAGCCAGACGCCGAAUAAUGUCUGGGAGACGGGCGAGUAUGUCUAUUCGGCUUCGAGGUUUGUCGAGUAUGCGCAGUUGGCGGCGGAGGUGGCGGGGGUCGAUUAUGUGGACCACGGGGCGUAUGUGGCUGCUAUUUGCAAGUCGUUGGGGGCGAAUACGGUGGAUGGGUAUUAUCCUAAUGAUCAUACGCAUACCAGUGUUGAGGGGGCGCAGGUGGUUGCCAAUGCGUUCUUGAAGGCUGUGGCGUGUGGUGAUGCUGCUUUGAAGGAUGUGUUGACGACGACAGAUUUUGAUGGAGAGUGCUUGUAA